CAAUUUAUCCCGAAGAGCCCGCAUGUGCUACGUUAGCUUGCGCCAGCGCUUUAGAAUGGAUGCACUGGUUGUACCGUAUCUCGUUUUAGAAACAAACAAGUGGAAUGUUUAAAUUGCCAAGUGUAUAUUUAUCUACUGGAACCAUGUAAUUGCCAAUUUGUACGGAAUAUACAACAUUUUAUACAAAAUAUGUCACCGUGUUUGCAUGUGUUAUAUAACACUGAGUAAUCCCAUUUAAACUUUUCUUUGCUUAUACUUUUUGAGGAAUAGAAAAAGCACAGUUUAAGUCAGGGGUGUUCAAAUUGUGGCCCGGGGGGGCAUUUGUAGCAUACAGAUGUUUUUUUUUUUUUUUUAUUACAAUCUAAAUAUGUUUGUUUGUUUGCAAUCUAAAUAUUUAACAAGAAAACGAAAAAAUAAAACAGCAGCAUAAAUCGGCAGUAAUUUUGCAUGAAGACAGGCAAAAUAUUAAACAAUCUAAUGAGAAAAGGAUGUAAAUUAACAAGAAUAACAUCGAAAUAUGACGAAAAUGUGUCGUUUUAGUAGCAUAAAGUUGAAAUAUUAAAGAAGAGAGACAUUCAUUUUAAAACUUGUAAUAGGAGAAAAAAUUUUAAAUUUGGAAAAUUAGCUUGCGGCCAACGUUAUUAUAAUGUGAGAAUAAAGUCCAAAUAUUAUGGGAAUAAAGUCAGAAUUACAAGGAGAAUCUUUACAAGAAGAAAGUUGGGGAAAAAAAAGCAACAGCAGAAACGGAAAGAACAGAUGUAAUUUUUUUACGAGAAUAACGUAAUAUUGUGAUGAAAGUAGUGGAGCAUAUGAGAAAGAAACAAAAUAAAGAUGUAAUUUUUGGAAAUUAGGUUGGGGAAAAUGUUAUAAAAUUAUGGGAAUAAAGUCAUAGUAUUACAAAAAAUAAAAUUUUCAAAGGUUAUUUAAGAAGAAAGUUGAAAUGUUUGGGGGGGAAGCCUACAAAAGUGGGGAAAAAAGAGCAAAGGCUCAAGAUCAUACUAAUAAUACGUUUAUUCACUGAUAUCACAAAGCUGAGAUGCAGUGAAAUAUAUAUAUCUUCUUAGUGUAUGUGGCCCUCGGUGGAAAAAUUUGGACACCCUUGAUGCUCAGCAGCUACUCUAUGUAAGAUGAACACUGAGGACAAGUUGGAGGGCAUGCUGUUUAAGUGCAGCAGUGCAGGGAUGGAUGGCGGCCGAGUGGGAUUGGGUGGCGCAGGCGGACUAGUGGUGAUGACACUCGGGGAACGAUCGCUGGCGGACCACCCGCUGUUGGCGGAAGACGAGGAGGACGACGAUGAGGAGGAGGAUUUGACCGUGAGCUCUCUGGUGACUCAUGACCUGGUACCUCCCGAGCAGCUGAUGAUGCAGGAGAUGUCAAAGAACAGCGGCGUAGGCGAUGAGGAGGGAGCGGGCGAGGUGGGAGUGCACUUCCCCCUGAAGCUCACCCAUAAGUUGCCUUGCUUGCCUCUCAGCAUUAAGCAAGAAUUAAAACUGGCCGAAUCACCAGUCCAGAUCAAGAAGGACAAGAAAUCAGUCAAAGAUCUGAUCAUUUGUCCCAAGAAGAAGAAAAGGAAACAACACUCACCAGCAAAGAUCCUCAGCAUUAAUGACGAUGGUUCGUUUGGCAUCCAAAACCCCAAGUGCCAUGUUUGUGUUCACUGCAAUGCCGCAUUCAGAACCAACUACCAUCUCCAGAGACACGUCUUCAUCCACACUGGUGAGAAACCGUUUCAGUGCAGCCAGUGUGACAUGCGCUUCAUUCAGAAAUACCUUCUCCAGAGACAUGAGAAAAUCCACACCGGUGAGAAGCCUUUCCGCUGCGAUGAAUGUGGUAUGAAGUUCAUCCAGAAGUAUCACAUGGAGAGACACAAGAGGACACACAGUGGAGAGAAGCCAUAUCAGUGCGACUACUGUCACCAGUACUUCUCCAGAACUGACCGUGUUUUAAAGCACAGAAGAAUGUGCCAUGAAAACCGAGACAGAAAGACCAACAAGGCUGGCAAUAAAAGCGUAGCGCUACACGAAACAGAUUCUUUAAGCCCCUUCCUCACCAAAGAGUGCGUGUUGCCCAAGAAGAAGCGGCAAAAGUGUGCAGACAAGUCGGACAGUCCAGGCUCUUCCACCGCCACUCAAACAGAAGGGCUCACUGCCACGGUGAAAGAAACUGCAAUGAAAGAGGAACAGAAAAAAAAGUGCGAAGUCCUGCCUCUCUUUGCCAUGUCCUCCAAAGUCAAACAUGAGUAUGUAAUUGGAGAAUACUCUGUGGAGCUUCCAGAAGAAACUACCAGCCAACACCAAGAUGGAGACUUGUCGUCAGAGGAGGCAGCAACCCCUAAACUUGUCCUGAAGAAGAUCUCCAAGAGGAGCCUUAAACAGUCUGGUGAACCAGCUCCGUGCCUGGCCACUCUGUCCUCAUUUGAGGACAACAACAAAGUCACACAUUACACCUUUGAAAUUGUUGACAAACAAGGCCUUUUAGAUGAAGUCAACAACACGGAGUCAGUCGAAACUCCAGCAAAACCGACGGCCAGCAGCACAAACUAUGAUGAUGCCAUGCAGUUCCUCAAGAAGAAACGCUAUCUUCAAGCGGCGACAGCCAACAACAGUCGGGAUUACAGCCUUAACACGAGUAGUAUCUCUUCCCAGCCAAGCGUUACUCACACUGUGGUGUCUGCAGUCAUUGAUGAAACAGUUCCUGCGACCAUUCUGGAACCUCAGCCGAUUAACACGGAAAUAAAAGCUACACAUGACAGGAAUGUGUUGCCAGAUGAGGUUCUUCAGACGCUGUUGGACCACUACUCCAACAAAGCGAAUGGCCAGUCAGACAUUUCCUUCAGCGUUGCAGAUGCAGAAGUUACCUCAAGCAUAUCUAUUAAUUCCUCUGAAGUUUCAGACAGCAGUCCCCCUGAGAGCCUUCUGGCUGCCAGUGCUCAGACUCAGCCCCCAACGGAGAAGUCCAGUCUGUUGCAAGAAUAUUCCAAAUUUCUCCAGCAAGCGCUGGAACGAACCAGCCAGAAUGACAGCUACCUGACAAGCCAGAGCCUCAGUUUAGUCACAGAAAACCCCACCUUAGCCGGACAGCCUCUGUUCUCCACCGAGAAACAGUUUCCUUCACCCAGUAGGUUCAAAUCAGGGACGAGCUCUCCAUUAAGAUCCACGAUAGAGAAACCUCACUUUGGAUUACUGGUCGGGGACUCCCAGCACUCGUUUUCAUUUUCAGGCGAUGAGACCACCCCCCCUUCCACAGUGUCCCCAUCCGAGGAGGACUUCCUGGAACAGGUCUCUCCUUCCAAAAAGACAGACUCCUCUCAAGGGAUACUGCAGGCGUUUCAAAUAGGCACAUUUGAUCCAAACUUCAAAUCCCACUUCCAGACCUCAAGAUCCAGUUCCUCCUCACAGUUUACAGGUGCCAACGGACAAGUGAGUCUUCGCGGACACAGCACAGACUUCUCAGAAUUUCCUUUAGUUCGAGUCACUGAGACCAGGUCCCAACUGAAUUCCUCCCCAGAUGUUUCCUCGAGUGAAACCUUUGGUUGAGGAGACGACUCUGGGAUCCGUUCAUUAAUCAUUUCUGCAGCACUUUAUCCCAUUUCACCUGUUUUGCCAAAACAUCCACAUUUUUUUUGUUGUAUUUAAGCUGUUUUGAAAAUAAUAUUAUGAAAAAUUGGCAGUACCCCCUUUUAAAAAAAAAAUAAUAAAAAAUUCCAUUGAGAGAUUAAGUGACCAAGCUAAAUAUAUAAGGAAAACAAGAGUAACAUUUUAUCAUUUUAUGCCAUAUUGGUAUAUAGCAUAUUUAUGUUUUUGUAAAUCUCUUUUGCUUCGACACACACAGAAAACACUCUUGCUUUUUGCUUUUAGCUACCUCUCUUAGUUAUACAUUUAACAAUGAAGUGCAAAAAUUAUUUUGAUUCCAGAUGUUCAACCACUCUUUAGUUGCCUCUGGAGAUGACACCAUAACUAUGAAGCUGUAUGGGAUUCUUUAGUUUCUACUGCCACUUUACUGUUGCCUGAAAAGCAUGCUUCAUCAUGUUGUAUAUUGAGUGGGUCUGGAAUCUUGUCCAUUAACAGGACUUUGAUGGGGGGAAAAAAAUAGAGAUCCCGCUUUUUAUUUUUUUGUUAUUGCCAAAUAUAAGGUUGAAUUAAAUCUUAAAAAGAUUACAGCAGCCCCCCCUUACUCCCACCAUAAGUGGUCGCCACACUUGCGUAAAAGUGAGCUGUAGUGAGAUGACUUAAAAGGAUUGUGCUUGACGUUUGCACAAUUUGCACAUUUUUUCACUACAAAGAGAAUGUAGUACUUUGAAUCACAGUGUGGGAAUACCCGUAACGGACCAGGUUUUUCUGACCCAUCCUCUAAUAUUAUUUGAAAUGUUUUAGUCAUGUAGCACUUGUGGCUGCAACUUCAGUUCCUUGAUGGAUUUGAUUGGAUGGAGGAUGCACACAUUUGGGGGAAGCAACCAUGUGAUGGAAACCCCCUAUGUUGAGGUUAUACAUUGUUUUAAGUUUCUUGAUGUGUAAUAUUAAGUAUAUAUAACAUACAAGGACAGAGUUAGCUGUAGGCUGAACCGUCAAGUCAAUCAUCUCUUCUGGAGAAAAUCAAAUUUGACCAUAGCUUGAUGCAACCGUGAGAUUGUAAAUCAAAUGGUUGAGCGACUUUUCCUUUGUACAGUGGAACCUCCGUUUUUGUUAUUAAUCCAUUCCUAACGGUCAGACGAAAACAGACAUGUCUGAAAACCGAAGCAAUUGUCAUUACAAACACUGGCUCACUUUCUGUAAUGCGUCUCCCUUAAAACCAUUCCCCCUGCAACCUGUGUUAAAGGUUCCUACCUUUACAUUAUAGUCCUAUUGUGAGAAACGUUACCGUCAUACUUUGCUACGAGUUUGUCCUUGAAUUCAGUCCUGUUUCUCACAUUCUUUCCAACUUUCCAGUGACAUGGUGGGUUAUUUUGCAGUUGUAAUAAAAAAAAAAUAAUAAAUAAGAGUGCGCUUGAAUGCCUCAUCAGUGCAGGGUGCACAUUGCUUAUUAGGAAGAACAAAGGAGAUUGUGUCAUAGUGUCCCAACUCGAGCUGCAACAAUUAAUUGAUGAUUAAUCGAUUGUCCAAUUCAUCGACAGCUGUUUUAGUAACAGUGAUCGACAUUUUUGCCUCUUUUCCGAGACGUUCUGGACCAAACCACUAACUGUGUUUGGGUCAUAUUAAUUUGGUCUGUCUGCGGCCUAACCGAUUACUCCAUUAAGCGAAUCAACAAGCUUCAGAUUAAUCGACAAAGCAAAUAAUCGUUAGAUGCAUCCCUAAUAAGUGUCCCAGCUAGAGCUGCAACAAUUAAUCCAUGAUUAAUAGAUUAUCCAAUUAAUUGGCAACAGUGAUCUGAAUUUUUUCCUCUUUUCGGACUAAACCACUAACUGCGUUUGGUUCAUAUUUAUUUGGUCCGUGUAGGGACUAACCAAUUACUCGAAUAAUCGAAAUAAGCUUCAGAUUAAUCAACAAAGCAAAUGAUCGAUUGAUGCAGCCCUAGUAGUAUCCCAACUAGAGUUUCAACAAUUAUUUGAUGAUUAAUCAAUUAUCCAAUUAAUCGACAACUAUUUUGGAAUUUGAUCGUUUUUUUCAUUUAAAAAUUAAAUAUUCUCUGAUUUCAGCCUCUCAAAUGUGAAUAUUUGUGAAUGUGAAUGUGAAUAAAGAACCACAAUCCAUUCUUCAUUCUUGCUUGGUUUGGGCACGAUAACCAAGACUGUGUACGAAAACUGAAACAUAUUUGUGGCAAUUUUUGGGGUGUACGAAAACCGAGGUUCCACUGUAUAUAUCUUAAGAGUGGUAUAGAAAGUGACGCUUAAGGUGCUAUUGUGUAAAACACUGGCCUUAUAUGUCAUCAUAUUAAGUUCCACUGGCAAUCAGGGACAGACAGCACCAACAAUAAUCAUCAAUAGUGUACAUUCCCUUAAUAUAUGUAUAUCCUGUAAAUACAUUGUAUAUUUUUCGGUUUGGAUUAGUACUCUCACAGCGAUGUGUUACUGCAGAGACGGCUUGUGCAAGACUAUUGUUUCUUUUUAGAGGCAUAUUAUUUUCUUUUGCAGAAUUUGUUAGAUUUAAGGAUGCAUCAGUUUCCUUAUGAGAUUUGUGUAUAUAUAGGCAAUGUGAUCAGUGAUAUCAAGAGGAAAACUUUUCCUUAUGCUGUGUUGCCGACAGGUUAAGUAAAAUGAACUUAGAUUCUUGUAAUUUAAUGCAGUGGGUCGGACAUUUUCAUGGGUUUAACUGUACACAUCAACAAAAAAUGCAGUCCUAAUGCCCAAUUUAAUUGUAAGCACAGUGGACAUCGAGUCAUUCGUGUACAUUGACAGCUUGAAAUCAACUGACAGUUUGAAAUCCUUUCAAGCAAUUCAAAACAGUUGUUAAGAGUUUAAUGAAUUAAAACUGCAGCACUGUUUUUUUUUUUCUUUUUGGCCAUAAGUGUCCUUGUAUAAGCUAGAGAAAAAAAUCUGUUCCGUAUAAAAAGAUAUGGAUUAUGUCUUUUUAAAUAAAAAAAACAUAUUUUUGAAACCCGUCAUUUAAGGCACUGGUAUGCAUGGUAUAUCAUAUGCACUCAUUAUUGCUACACUCAUUUGUCUCUGUAGAAGUGGUUUGUGUCAACUUCUUUGAAUGUGAAUCUCUGACCUUUUUUUAAAAAAAAAUGGCAUCUUCUCAUGUCAAUAAGUUAAGAUGGAAGCUUUACCGCUUCAUUGUGGGAAUUGGAAAGGUUUAUUGCAUGGGCUACUCUCAAACGUUGUUGGGUCAAGUGAACUUGUUUGAUGAAUGACGUGAAGCUUUAAUUGUAGCUGAUGAAUCAGUCCGGUAACCCCCAUACUGUUCGUUUUUUGCAAUAUAUAAUGAUUUGUAAACAAUGAUUCAGUUGUUCUCUUGAUUGUUGUCAUGUCCAUAUGAAUAAAAUGUUUCCCAAAAAAGU